CCAUUCACAUUCACAUUCCUCUCUAAUCUUAUCAUUCAUCCCAACCUUUCGCUACCUUCUUCUUACCCCCCACCCCCACUACCCUAACCACCCACCUUUCUCUUUUCUUCCUUCUUCUUCACCGUCGGUGAAUCGGCGGCGUUGCUGCUGUUUCUUGAAUACCGGAAAGUUAUUUCUUAUCUUCAUCUGUUAGUUGUUGUAUACCCUUUUGGCUAGUGUUUCUUCUUGUUGAGCUGAAUUCUCGGUCUAGAAUCUAGAUGCUUCUUGUUUCUUCAUUUUCCCAGUAAUUCAUGAGUCAACGCUGAGAUUUAGGAGGUGGGUAUGUGGCUUCCUGUUAAUUGGUAUCAUGGUUGUCUCUUUGUACUCUUUCUCGACUUUUGGGGUCGUACAGAAGCUGAUUAGUGCUCAUCUUUCUUCUUUUUCUCUUUUCACAUCGGUAUUCUCAAUUAUUGACUUCUGAUCUGUAGCUAACACUUGUCCGAUCGGAAUCUUUUUUUCUUUCUUCUUCUUGCUGAGAGACGUCUCUGGAUUUGGAUCUUAAUACGCAUACACACAAAGUACUUAGAUGGAAGCGAGUGUGGGAGAGCGUUUUUAUCAUAUGGGAGGAACGGAUCUGCGGGGAUUAGGGAAGAGGAGCUUGGAGUGGGAUCUGACGGAUUGGAAAUGGGAUGGAGAUCUUUUUAUUGCGACCCCUCUUCAGCAAAACCCAUCUAAUUACCAGAGUAGACAGUUUUUCCCCGUUGAAACAGGAAAUCUGGCUUCAUCCAACAGUUCAUCUUCUUGUUCAGAUGAAGUAAAUCAUGGGAUGGAGCAACAGAGGAGGGAAUUGGAGAAAAGGAGGAGGGUUAUUGUGGUUGAUGAAGAUGAUUCUGGGCCUCUUUCGUUGAAGCUUGGUGGCCAAGGUGAGCCAGCUGCCGACGCCGGCAGGGAACUGGGGAACUGGGAUGGAGCCGCCGGAAAAAGGACUAAAUUAGCUGCACCUGCUGCUACCAGAGCUGUAUGCCAGGUUGAUGAUUGUGGAACGGAUCUCAGUAAGGCGAAAGACUACCAUAGGCGGCAUAAGGUUUGUGAGAUGCACUCCAAGGCUAGUAGAGCACUCGUUGGGAAUGUUAUGCAGCGUUUCUGCCAGCAGUGCAGCAGGUUUCAUGCUCUUCAAGAGUUUGAUGAAGGAAAACGAAGUUGUCGUAGACGCCUAGCAGGACAUAAUAAAAGGAGGAGAAAGACACAAUCAGAAACUGUAGCUAACAAUAAUUCAUUGAGCGAUGGCCAGGCUAGUGGUUAUUCCUUGAUGAGCCUGCUAAAGAUACUCUCCAACAUGCACUCAAACGGAGCAAACCACACUGAAGAUCAGGACCUUUUAUCUCAUCUACUAAGAAGCCUUGCCAGCCAGGGUCCCACAAAUGGGGAUAAAAGCUUAUCUGGACUUCUACAAGAAUCUUCAAACUUGCUGAACAAUAGGUCAAUUCUUCGAAAUCCAGAAAUAGCUUCCUUGAUCUCAAAUGGUUCACAGGCACCUCCUAGACCCAAAGAGCGUCAGUUCACUAAUUCGGCAGCUGAGAUGCCCCAGAAAAGGCUAGAAGAUGCGCGGACUGCUUCUUCUCAAAGUCCAGGCAUUUUGUUUCCCAUUCAAAGCAAUUCUCAAGCUUACACACCAGGCAGGGAAAGUACCACUGGCAGGAGCAAGUUAAUUGACUUCGAUUUGAAUGAUGCAUAUGUUGAUUCAGAUGAUUGUGGAGACGAUAUAGAUAGAUCCCCUGUGCCUGAGUGCCCAUCUUGGUUACAACAGGACUCUCACCAGUCAAGUCCACCUCAAACAAGUGGAAAUUCAGAUUCCGCCUCUGCCCAGUCACCUUCCAGUUCCAGUGGUGACAAUCAGAACCGCACAGAUCGGAUUGUUUUUAAACUAUUUGGAAAAGGUCCUAGUGAUUUUCCAUUUGUCGUACGAGCUCAGAUUCUUGACUGGUUAUCUCACAGUCCAACGGAGAUUGAGAGCUACAUUAGGCCUGGUUGCGUUGUGUUGACAAUAUAUCUGCGGCUUCCUGAGUCUGCAUGGGAGGAGCUUUCUUAUGAUCUGAGCUCCAGUUUGAGUAGGCUUUUGGAUGUCCCUGGUGGUGAUAGCUUCUGGACAAAGGGAUGGAUUUACAUUAGGGUGCAGAACCAAAUUGCAUUUGUGUGUGAUGGGCAGGUUCUGUUGGAUAUGUCAUUGCCUUGUGUUAGUAAUGACGACAGUACACUAUUAAGUGUCAGACCCAUAGCCGUGCCGGUAUCUGACAGAGUUCAAUUUUUAGUCAAAGGCUAUAAUUUAACUAAGCCAUCCACAAGAUUACUUUGUGCUUUAGAAGGUAACUACCUGGAUCCAGAAGCAGAUAAUGAGGUAGAAGAACAUGUUGAUGGUGGUGACAAGGAUGAUAAGCUCCAAUCCCUUAAUUUCACAUGUUCUAUUCCAGCAGUCGGUGGAAGAGGAUUUAUUGAGGUUGAAGAUCAUGGAGUCAGCAAUAGCUUCUUCCCAUUUAUAAUUGCAGAGGAGGAUGUUUGCUCUGAAAUCCGUAUGCUUGAGAGUGAUCUGGAGUUGACUUCAUCAGAUUAUGUCAAGGGGCAUACAAAUAAUAUUGAAGCAAGAAAUCAGGCCAUGGAUUUUAUUCAUGAACUUGGUUGGCUGCUUCAUAGAAAUAAUUUGAGGGCUAGAUUAGAGCAUUUUGGUCCUAAUGCCAUUCUCCAUCCUUUGAAGCGGUUCAAGUGGCUUGUGGAGUUCUCCGUAGACCAUGAGUGGUGUGCAGUAGUUAAGAAACUAUUGAACAUUCUCCUUGAUGGAACUGUGGGUGGAGACGAUCCUUCCUUGAAAUAUGCUCUCACUGAGAUGGGUCUUCUGCAUAAAGCUGUGCGUAGGAAUUCUAGGCCUUUGGUAGAAUUGCUUUUAACAUAUACCCCCACAAAUGUAGCAGAUGAACUAUGUUCUGAAUACCAAUCUCUGGUUGGGGUCGGUGGGGAAUUCUUGUUUAGACCCGACUGUGUAGGGCCUGGGGGUUUGACACCUCUUCAUGUUGCAGCUGGCAUAGAUGGAUAUGAAGAUGUGCUAGAUGCAUUGACAGAUGAUCCUGGAAAGGUGGCAAUUGAAGCGUGGAAGAACACUCGUGAUAGCACAGGUUUCACACCAGAAGAUUAUGCCCGCUUGCGAGGCCAUUAUUCUUACAUUCACCUGGUACAGAGGAAAAUUAGCAAGAAAGCAAACAGCGGACAUAUAGUGGUUGAUAUUCCUCGUGUUCCAUCUGUUGUUGAGAACAGUAACCAGAAAGAUGAAGUGUGUGCAACCACCAGCUUAGAGAUAUCAAUGACUCAGAGAAAAGCCUUUCCUCGGCCAUGCGGACUGUGUGAUAGGAGGCUGGCUUAUGGAAGUCGGAGUCGAUCUCUACUGUACAGGCCUGCGAUGUUCUCAAUGGUGGCUAUGGCUGCUGUAUGUGUUUGUGUUGCUCUCCUCUUCAGGGGCUCACCGGAAGUUCUGUACAUUUUCCGUCCAUUUAGGUGGGAAAUGGUGGACUUUGGAACAAGCUAAUUUCACCAGUCCACAA